CUUCUCCUGUUAUUGAUCCUAAAAAUUAUAGGAAUCAUACAGUCUAGCCCGACAAAGACCAAUGUCGAGUUUCUUCAAGCAAUGUUUAAGCGCUUUCGUUCAAGAAAGACGACAGACUUGGACUCUGCUGCGUCUGAUGCGGAGCACAGCAACAGCAGAAGGGAGUUCUUAGGACCAUCCUCCACUAUUGGCUCUGGCUCCAACCGCCGUACCUCCUCGCCUUCGCCUUCUGGCCUGGGUCUCCACGUGAUUCACCAACCAGAGUUUGCCUGCCUUGACAUUAUUUUCGUCCACGGAUUAGGGGGCCAUAGUCAACGAACUUGGUCUAUGAACCAUGAUCCAUCCCUAUUUUGGCCGAAACUAUGGCUACCAUUCGAACCCGAUAUUGGUAAGGCUCGUAUCCUGACGUUCGGCUACAAUGCGGCUUGGCAUGGCGCAACAAGAAGCAUUGCUAGCAUCACCGACUUUGCCAAAGAACUGUUAUUUGAGAUGCGAUUUUCGAUAGACGAGCAUGGAGCUGAUCUAAACAUCGGGGCAAACCCCAUUGUCUUCGUCGUCCAUAGUAUGGGUGGCUUAGUUGUUAAGAAAGCCUAUCUAUUAGGCCUCCAUGACGAAAACUACAGAAAUGUGAUUCAGUCUAUAUCCGCUAUCAUGUUCUUGUCAACUCCCCAUCGUGGUACUAAUCUAGCGAAAAUCCUCAAUAGAGUGUUAGGCGCUUCCUUUCAAUCGCCAAAAAACUUCGUUUCGGACUUGAAUAAGAGUUCUCCGGCCAUAGAGGAACUUAACGAACAGUUCCGUCAUUUGGCACCAAAGCUCUCCAUAUGGUCAUUCUACGAAACUCUGGCUACCUCUAUAGGACCUAAGAAAGUCAUGAUAUUAGAGAAGGAAUCUUCGGUGUUAGGCUAUCCAGCGGAAAUCUCUAGGCCUCUACAAGCAGACCAUCACAACGUCUGUAAAUAUUCGAGUCCGAUGGAUCCCAAUUAUAUCAGUGUAAGGAAUGCCAUCAAAUAUCUAGCAACACAGUUUCGCCCAAGAGAAACACAAAAAGCUGGUUUACUCACUUAUGAGGCUAUGCCGAAUACCCAGGAGCUUUUCCGCAACUCUCCAACGACCGAGGAUGACUACAACGCGUUAAUGCGUGUCUGGAUUCCCGAUACAUGCAAGUGGUUUCUUGACGAACCAGAAACAAUUUCAUGGCUUGAGCCAUCCUCGGAGUCGCGCGUACUCUGGUUUAGUGCUCCGCCUGCUAAUGGAAAAUCGGUCCUUUCAGCUUUCUUGAUCAACCACUUACGAAACUCGGGCCUCACAUGCCAGUUCUUCCUGUUCAAAUAUUCGGACCGGAACAAACGUUCAGUGGCGGGUAGUUUACAAUCUCUUGCACUUCAGCUAACAAGGGAAAUGGCUCAAUUUAAAAGGUCGUUGGACGGAUCUUCAGCGGAAAGCUUAGGUCUAGAUUCCGAAGACCCUUUAUUGAUUUGGCGGAAUGUAUUCGAGAAUGUGCUGUUUGAUUUAGAGCACCCGGAACCUAUUUACUGGGUGAUUGACUCAUUGGACGAAUCCGACUCCCCGAAGUCCCUUUUAGAAUGCCUGGAGAGCCUACCUAAGGCGAAAGUACCUAUACGAGUACUGAUCAUGAGCCGCAAUACAGAUUCAAUAUCAAUUCAUAUGGAUAGGCUUUCGGAUAUAGUACCUGUGUCUCGAAUAGAAAAGGGAGACGGCAAGUAUAAUCAUCGCGAUAUAGAGCUUCUGGUAAAACGGGAGCUUCGGCACAUGCGUGGCAGCACAGUAUUUCGCGAGCAGCUAGUGGAACCUAUUUUGAAACGCUCCGAAGGCAACUUUCUCUGGACGAGGUUGGUGUUGGAUGAGAUUAUCGGGUGUCACACAGAAGAAGAUAUACGGGUCGUGCUCGAGGAGAUCCCUGACGACAUGACUCGACUUUAUGAACGGAUAGAGGAGAGCCUUAUACGUUCGACAAGGAAGUCCGAUAACCAACUCAUAAGAACUUUUCUUGAAUGGUGUACCUGUGCACAACGCCCGCUCAGUCUAACGGAAUUAUCUCAAGCAUUGCAGCCAAAGUAUCGAGGGUUCCUUGACCUAAAAAGAACCAUCGAAGAUAUUUGUGGGCAGUUUAUACAAGUCGAAGAAAAUGGUGGAGUCAGUACGUUACAUCAUACCGUACGUGAUUACUUCAUGAACUCUUCGAAGAAGUUCUUGAUCAACGCUGAGGAGACGCACGAGAAACUUUUCAUGGAUACUCUUACAGUGAUAGGAGACCCAGACCUUCGGUGGAGAUUAACGCAAGGCGAGCAUGCUCUGCAGUCUAGCGAGCCCUUCGUCUUCUACUCGGCGGUCAACUGGUCGUUCCAUCUCGAUCAAAGUAACUCCACGAGUUCCAAAUGUCUCGAUCUGCUUGUAAAAUUCUUCCGAAGUGAUGCAGUACUGACCUGGAUUCACGCAUUGGCGCUGCUUCAGCAACUAGACGUUCUAAUUAGAGCAUCAAGGGUCAUAACGUCUUUCGUUCAUAAUGUGAAAAAACGAAAUAAUACGGAGAAUCCAACGCUGCAUCGGUUUUCAGAUCUCGAGUUCCUUGAAAAUUGGGUUAUCGACCUUGUCAAACUUGUCGGAAGAUUUUCUCAAACUAUCGUCCUAAAACCCAGGGUCUUAUACGAUGUCAUCCCAUCACUUUGUCCUGCGAAGUCCCUGGUACACCAGCAGUUUUCAAGCUCAGCGAAAAUCAAGCUACUUGGGGAUGUAGACACAAACUGGAAUGAUCACCUUUGUCGCCUUGUCUUGCCUGAAGGGGUCCAAGCCUGGAAAGUCACUUGCGCUGGGAAGUAUGUAGCAGUGCUCGACUCUGCUGGAAUUGUACGAGUGUGGGAUUCAUCUAGCUUCUCUGAGAUUGCAUCUGUUUCACAUGGAGAACCAGUUACAGCUAUGGCCCUGAAUGGAAACGGCACUAGAUUAUCGACUUACGGACUGAAGAACACCAAAAUAUGGAUCAUUCCUUCAGGGGGCCUACUUUCGUCGACAGAAAAUCCCCCAGACACUAAGGCGUUGACAAUAGUCUUUGCCGAAAAUGAUUGCAAAUUACUGCUUGGUGGUAAUGAUAAUGCCAUAAGGCAUAUUCAAUGCGACAAUUUCGAGGGUGGAUGGCAAAUCUUAAAUUUGAAUCUCUUGAAAGACACAACCCGGCAUGAGGGGGCGAUAGUUAAUUCCCCAAUGUGUCUCGCUUUCAAUAAGGACAAGACACACGUUGCCGUGUCAUACAGGGGCGCACCCCUUUCCGUGUGGAGACUUCGUGAUGGGCGCUGCAUCAAUAGGUGCAAAAGAGUACGAGAUUUACGCCGGCCAUCAUUGAACUGGUUUGCAGUGGAUCGGGUCACCUGGAAUCCAAUUACAAACCAUGUUCUUGGCAUCUAUAAGGAUGGUCGUGUCUUCAAAUGGCACCCCAUGACCGACGAAAAUAUUGAGGCCGACGCACGUUGGGCCGCAGAUGAAAUCGCGGCAAGUCCGAAUGGAAGGUUCUUUGCUACUAGCAGAAGCGAUGGCUCAGUUCGUGUCUGGGAUUUCUCGAAUUUUAGCGUCAUUUAUCAACUUUCGUCUGAAAAUUUGGUAACAGAGUUAUCAUUCAGUCCUGAUAGUCGACGAUUCUAUGAUCUCCGUGAUGGGUCCAUAAAUGUCUGGGAACCAAGUAGCCUGGCUCGUUUUUCGGAAUCUGAAGAAGAUUCCAGCGAUAAUAGUAGCGAAGAUCAACCAUCAACAACGCUACUUAAGUUUUCGGAGCAGAGGACAAGUCGAUUUGAAGCCGUAACUGCGUUUGCCCUAGCCCCGGACGACACGCUGUAUUGUGUUGGUUACGAAGACGGAGCCGUGACAUUAUUUCGGAAAGGAAACAUAGACGGGAUCGAUUUAACACGUUUUCAUAACUUCCUCCCUGUAACACAUAUCAAUUGGAGUAAAGACGGAAGAUAUGUGGCAGUUGCAGACCUUGCCGGCGAUAUUCAAGUCAAAAUGCUUGACGGACAUGGCACAUUACCUGCACCACGUAUCGAUCUGAAUCGUCAUAAUAUUGAGGAAAUACUUCUAAAUCACGAUGGAGAAAGGCUCUUCAUCGUAACAGGCGAUCAAUACUUUCUCUGCUCUACCAAAGAAGGCGUCGUCCAAGCUAGUUCCAAAUGUAACGACGAAAAUGGUAUACGCAAGUGGUUAUGUCACCCUGCCCAUCAAGAUAUAAUUCUAGGAUACGGAACAUUAGACGUAUGCGCCUACACGUGGACAGGGAUGGAAAAAUUGUACUCCGCACCAUACUGUGAGACCCAUCACGGCUCAACAUAUGGGACUGUGGUAGAUGACAUGUCAGAACUUAAACAGACGAUUGACAGCAGCUUAUCUUCAUCGGAGGAUUAUAAGGUUAACAGAGUGGUUAGCAAUGCCGUCUUGAGUCAAGAUGGAAGUCAUGUUUUCUUCCAUACUUACAAAGUCACCAGUAAGGGUGCACUUGGAAAUGACACCAUGAUUAUUCCAACCGCCAAUUUACCAGAAAAUGUCAAUGGGGUAUACCUACCCUAUUACUCGGGGAUUUCUCGAAUCCCGGAAGAAAUAUCUUGCCAAAUUCACAUGCCUCUGGGCAUCAUCCACGGAUCAAAUCUAAUAUUUCUGGACCAUCAAUUUUGGCUUUGCAGUUAUUUUAUCGACACCAAGGCGGAUUUGGGCCUCAGUGAUACCUGCAGGAGGUUUUACUUCAUCCCUCGAGACUGGAUUGGACAAAAUAGCGUGGCCAAUUGUGUAUUGACGGAAGACGGGACACUUUUCUGGCCCAGAGAUGACAGAGUUGUGACCAUUGAGUGUAAUCUCUAUGAUACAAGUCUCGCAUGAUUACUUUGAAUGGCGAUUGAUUGCCCGUUGAAUAUUAAACAGAAUCAACGACCAUAACCACCCCUUUUACUUAGCCCCUUUACCCUUUUACCCCUUUUACCCCUGAAAGUACCUAGGUAUUAUUUGAUUUACGUAAUCGAAUUUGAUGUGUCAGUGAGUCAGCAAUGUUUGAAAAGAGUUACCCCUCGCUAAACCGUUUUGGGGCUGAUAAGAUAGGGCGAUAAGAAAUUGAGAUCGAGCCCCUCGACAACUUUUUUUUUCUUGGAUCA